AUGCAUCCUACACUUUCCCAGCUUGCUGUGUUCAUCAGCGACUCGGUCGAAUCUAUCGAGGCCAGCUGUGCUGUCAGAGGUCUCACCGUACCCGAUCUCGACUCACCUUUCGACCCCUCGUCCGAGGACUUCCGGUUGGAUCCUACCAUUGCACAUGCUAUCAACGUUACUUCUGUCGCAGCGAAGAAGCUUAACGCGAUACUCCAACCUCCUCACGUAUCCUCGGCACACAUCUUCUCCGGUCACUACCAAGCCUCUGCCAUGCAAGCGUUGGUCGACACAAAAACCGUCGAAAUUCUCAGAGAUGCGGGGAGCCAGGGUCUUCAUGUAGACCAGAUCUCAACGAAGAACGGGAUAGACUCGAAGAAGCAGGCCAGGAUGCUUCGUUUCCUGGCAACAAAAUUCGUGUUCCGCGAAGUAAGGCAGAAUGUUUUUGCCAACAACCGCAUCUCCUCGAUGUUGGACACUGAAAAAUCCGUGGACGAGCUACGUCGCAGCCCUCGAGAGAGGAUCAUCGGAUUCAACGCUAGCGCCAGCCAUGUCUUCAACGAACGUAUGCUUGCAGCAUCGUGCCUUCUUACGAACCUUCUCGAACCCAAGACUCGAUGCUCAGAUGAGCCCAACUCCGUUCCUUGGCACACGGCGACUGGGGUGACGGUGCCCUACUGGACUUACAUACAACUUCCAGGCCAAGAGCUUCGCCUUGAGCGCUUUGGAAAUGCUAUGCGCGGCAUAAAUGAGUCGAUGGUACCGCCGAGCACCAUCCUGGGAGGGUUUGCCUGGUCGGAUUUAAACACGGAUGCGAUAGUGGUGGAUGUAGGAUCUGGUGUAGGCGCGACCUCUCUAGUCUUGAGCAAGGCCCAUCCCAAGUUACACGCCAUCUUGCAGGAUAAGCAGCCCGUUAUUGACAAUGCUGAGUUGGUCUGGACGAGGAAGUUCCCCCCAGCAUUGCAAUCUGGUCGUGUUAAGUUACAAGGUUCGUCGUUUAAUUGUCCUCCCGUCGAAAACGCCUCCGUAUUUCUUUUCAAAAACAUAGUACAUGACUGGUCUGACACGUAUGCCAAGCGAAUCCUGACUCGUCUACGCGACGCCGCCACGCCCGAGACGAAGUUGCUGCUUGUGGAGAGCCUCGUCGAAUACGCUUGCAGAACCGAUGAGGAUGAUGCCAUUGAGAUCCCAGGCGCCCGACCGAGACACUUGCUGGCGAACUUCGGCAAUAUCAAUUGCAUGCAAUAUUUGACAGAUCUUUCGAUGCUCUUCUUAUACAACUCGCAAGAGAGAACGAUCGGCCGCUUUUUCUCUCUCCUAGAGGAGUCGGGAUGGAGAAUAACGCAGGUAUACAGACCGGAGGGUUCGUUCCUGCAACAGAUCGAGACGUUCCCCGUCCCAGAUGUCUUCCGACAAUAUGGUUGUUGA